UGACUCUGAGACUCAUCUCAGUCAGUCAUGGGUCGUCCUGGGAUCCACAUGUGGACAUGGACACUUUGUGUCUUCUUGAGUUGGAUGUCUGUGGGUCAAGCAGUGGCAGGACCGCAGUACAUGGUAGCCAUUCCUGCGAUUCUUGAAGCUGGAGCUGAGACCAAAUUCUGUGCAAGUCUCCUGCAGCCCAAGGAGACAUUGGUCAUGACUGUCACUUUGAUGUCUCAAGAUGAGAACACAACCCUCCUCCAGAAGACGUCCAAUGAAGAGUUUCACACUUGUGUUCCAUUUAAGGUUCCUUUAGUGCAGAAGGAAGUGGUGCAGAAGUUUGAAGUGGACGUACGAGGCGAUACAUUUCACUCAACAGAAGUCAGGAGAGUCAUGAUCAGAGUCUAUAAACCAAUGACAUUCAUCCAAACUGAUAAACCAAUCUACCUGCCUGGACAAACAGUGCACUUCAGAGUCAUCACAAUGGACACAAAGUUCAGACCUGUCAAUCAGCUGUACGAUAUCACUGAAAUUGAGGAUUCUGCCCAAAACAGGAUUGGACAGUGGUUGAAUGAAACAUCCAAUGGUAAAAUAUUGCAGCUGUCUUACUCCUUGAACUCUGAGGCCCGUGAGGGAAGCUACCAGGUUAUUGUGUCGAUUGGUGAAGUUAAACUGUAUCAUAGCUUCAAGGUGGAGAAAUAUGUUUUGCCCAAAUUUGAUGUAAAAAUAAAUUCAGCUGAUGAAGUAUUUAUUGAGCAGGAAGAAAUCAAAGCUGAAGUAUGUGCAAAGUAUACAUACGGACAGUCUGUGCCUGGCACUGUUGAAGUCGAGGUGUGCAGACCUCUUCAGUAUCGAUAUAAUCCAAUUAGGGUCACACCUGACAAUCCAGAGGGAGGUCCUGAGAUUACUGCCCUAUGCGUCAAGGAGACAAAGCAGACGGAUAAAAACGGAUGUGCCACUUUUAUCUUAAAGAUGUCCACUUUCACAAAACUUGACCAAAAGGUUUUACAAGAUUCACUGCAUGUGAAGACCAAAGUGGAGGAGGAGGGGACAGGUAUUUCACAUCCACAAGAGAAGAUGAUUUCGAUUUCUUAUGUUGUUGGAAAGCUGUCCUUCAUUGACACACCCAAGAUUUAUGACAAAGGAUCAAAUGUGGAGGGAAAAGUUAAAGCCAUCUUUUACAAUGACACCCCCAUUCCUGACAUGCCAGUGUACCUGUUUAAAGGUAAAAGGCGGUCAUCACAUCUGCUACAGAACCUCACAACAGACAGCAAUGGUGUUGCAUCUUUCUCAUUUAGCACAGCUGACCUCAAUGGGGACAUCAAGCUCCACGUUUCCAACAAACCCACAUGGGACUACCGUACUUAUAGAACUCCACACUAUGACAGUGGACAUCACACAUUGUCUUUGGCUCAACCUCCCUCUCCGGAUGUUAAACCUGUCAGCUCCCUUCAAGUGAAGAAGAAGGAUAAACCACUUCCAUGUGACAGUGAUGAAGUCAUCUCUGUCCAAUACAAUGUAGUUGGAGAGGCCCAGGGCUCUGUGGAUGUCAUGUAUCUGGUCUUAUCCAGAGGAGCCAUUGUCAUGCAAGGACUCAAACAGUUUGAAGUGCAAGAUAAGUUAGUGACUGAGGGUGAGGUGUCCUUUAAGUUGAAAGUGUCUGCAGAGACAGCACCAGUAGUCCAGGUUGUGGCUUAUGUCGUCCUCCCCAGUGAGACUGUGAUCGCCAGCAGUGCUGACUUCUCCACUGAGAAAUGUUUUGGUCAUAAGGUGUCACUGGAGUUUUCUCCAUCCUCAGCUGUUCCAGGAGAGGAGACCACCAUGCAGAUGACCGCCCAGCCAGACUCUCUGUGCGGUGUGAGCGCUGUCGAUCAGAGCGUCCUCAUCAAAGAGCCUGGGGAGACUCUGAAUGCUGACAAGAUAUUUGACUUGUUGCCUGUCAGAAAAAUAUCUCAUACUCCAUAUGAAGUUGAAGAUCCCAGCGAAUGUUUGAAUGUGAGGCAGAGAAGAUAUGUUCUGCCAUACCCCCGUGAUGAAGAUGAUCCUCAUACAGUUUUCAAGAAUGUAGGGCUGAAGAUGGCAACAAACUUGUUGAUCCGAGUGCCUUCAUGUGUCAAGUUCAAAGGAAGAGAAUAUCAUUCUCAACGAAACUAUGUUGUCGAAUAUCAGCGUUUUCCCGGAAUAUAUGGAUAUGGGGGUACUGGUGCGGGUGUCGGACAUUAUCCUCCUCCUCCUCCACCAGUAGUUACAGUCCGCAGUUUCUUCCCUGAGACCUGGAUAUGGGACCUGAUAGAAGUUGGAGCAUCUGGUGCGAAGGAUGUGCCUGUCACUGUCCCAGACACAAUCACCACCUGGGAGACGGAGGCUUUCUGUUUGUCCCCUCAGGGUUUUGGCUUGGCCCCUCGUAAAGAGAUCACAGUCUUCCAGCCGUUCUUCCUCGAGCUCAGCCUGCCCUACUCCAUCAUCCGGGGGGAGCACUUUGAACUGAAGGCAACUGUCUUCAACUACCUGUCCAGCUGCAUCAUGAUCACUGUGACUCCAGCACCCUCCUUAGAUUACACCCUCACCCCCCUCUCUGGUGACCAGUACACAUCCUGUCUGUGUGGCAAUGAGCGCAAGACCCUCAGCUGGACCAUGGCUCCCUCAGUCUUAGUGAGCAUCGAGCUUUCACACUCUUGGAGUGGUGAAUGUGUCUGUGACCGCUGA